AUGCUAAGGCAAGAUCUCACCAAAAUACUGUGUACAUCAGAUAAGGGUACAUUGCCAGCCGUGAUUAAUGCUUUGGCCACAUUCCCGUCUAACCGAGAAUGUGUGACAGCAGACAAGCGUAUCUGCUUCCAAAAUACAAUGGCUGGACAGGCACAGGACAGACAUCACUAUUCCAAAAUUGAAAAACUGGAAAAGGAAACGAGGGUUGUGGGUCCCGAACAAGUUUGGGUCCUACAUGGGAAAGGCGAGCCCUACCUGGCGGAGCCAGGCUGUGAGACCUCUCGGGAGGAAAGCCUGGGCAUGGAGGAGCCCACAGAAGCCGACCCGAAGAGCCCGAAGCAGAAGCUGCCAAGGGGCCAAUGCCACCGCCGCCACCGCCACUCCCACAACAGUUUCGCCACCUACUUCCCUAGGGUUCUGAAGCAGGUUCACGAGGGUCUGAGCCUCUCAAAGAAGGCCGUGAGCGUCUUGGAUUCGUUCAUCAAGGACAUCUUUGAGUGCAUCGCCAACGAGGUCUCUCGCCGGGCCGGCUCCACCCAGUGCACCACCAUCACCUCCAGGGAGAUCCAGACAGCUGUGCGCCUGCUGCUUCCCGAGAUUGGCAAGUUCCCCGUGUCUGAGGCCAACAAGACCAUCCUCAGGUACACCUUCCGCCAAUGA